AUGCUGCAUAUAUCUCUGCUGCAGGUAGCACUCCUCCAGGCCAGUGUCUGCCACCUUGUAACUGCAACGGUUGCCGAUGUCCCCGGCAUCAUACCGCCAAUCCCCCGGGUCCAUGACAUGGUACAAGUAAACCGUUCUGAUUUUUUCAAAACCCAAACAAGCGAAUUCACUCAUCCUGGACUGUGGCACACCCACGACGAUCUAGAGCGGGCACGGCAGGGUGUCCUGCAGGGAAAAGAGCCCUGGGCCUCCGCCUACGCCCAGUUUGCCAAUGAUAGCUAUUCCCAGGCAAACUACACCAUGAAAGGGCCCGCCACCGUUCUAAGCCGCGGGCAGGUCUCAAACUACACGUCAUUUACGCAUGACGCCCGCGCCGCGUGGCAGAACGCUUGGAUGUGGUACAUCACUAAGGCACAGGGACACUGGGAGCGAAGCACGAGUAUCCUUGACGCUUGGGGCGCCAACCUAACCAACAUCAUUGGGACAGACCGGUCGCUCAUGAUAGGGCUAGAUGGGGAUAUGUUUGUGAAUGCCGCAGAGAUCAUGAGGUGGGAAGGUAACUGGACAGAAGCCGGUGCAAAGUGGCAGGGUGGCAGUGGAUUCAGCGUGCAACUGUACUGGCUGUUUAGUCGGCAGUCUAUCCCCAUCGGCCAGGCGAAUUACGGAAUGGCCAGUAUAAAGGCCCUGCUGAGUUUUGCAGCGUACUUGGAUGACGUUCAGUUAUGGAAUUAUGCAAUCGAUGCAUAUAUUCAAGACAACUGUGCUGGAUUGUUUGCCACCUAUGACCCCGAAACAGGGCAGUCAGGGGAGUCUGGUAGAGACCAGGGCCACGCAAUGUCAGGGCUUGGGUGGGCUGCAAUGGCGGCCAGGGUGGGCCAGAGUCAGGGAGUCGAUUUAUAUGAACUGGGAGAUAAUUUACUUCUCAAGGGGGCUGAAUACUUGGCCAAGUAUAACCUGAACGAGAGUGUUCCGUAUGAUCCCAAGUGGUAUCGAUGCGAGGCAGUGCUGGUGAACGGGCCAUGGGAGACGAUAUCGGAAGAGAACCGUGGAGUCACGGCAGAAAUUCCAGUGUGGGAUAUUGUAUACUACGAGUACGUGAAAAGGCGCAAGGCCACCGCCCCUUGGACGUCAAGGGCAAAGGCAGAGGUUGGUUUCGAGGGACCUGUGCAAGGAAAUGAUCAUCCAAGCUGGGGUAGUCUCAUCUGGGCUGAUUAA